UCAUAUGCCUUCACCAGCACAUGCAUUAAACAUGCAGAGAGUUACACAAGUUCUUACCACCUUGGGGCACCAUUCAGGGUGCCUUUUCAUCUGAUUAAAUUUAUAAUGAACAGGGACAUUGCGGUUGUCCCAAGUGGAUGGUAUGAUGAUAGGAUGGUUUUCUGGCCCAGCUAUAAAAACACCGACAGAAUUGAAAGGGCCGCUUUAAAUGAGGAGCAGCAUGAGCCAAACUGGCCAAGAUUUGACGUUUCUGUUGUCCGAACUUGUGACAACUACAAAGACGCAUUAAAAAUAAUGCAACAAUAUGGAAAGGGCUGCAACACCUCAGACCUGCAAUCUGAGGCAGAGAACGAGGAGCUGCCAGAAAAAAGGAACAGGAAGCCAGUCCAUCGUCUCGGAGACUCAGAUGAUAGCGAAGAAGACCCGGGAAAUAGUGACCUCACAUCUCUGGGGUUGGCAAGCCAAUUGCACAGGCAGACUCCACCGUCUCGCCGAGUGCCAGCAAGAGUCAUGAGUACUUGUCAACUCGACUCCUCAACUGGAGAUAACUUUCUAGCACCUCACCAUGGGGAAGGACGCAUUCAUAUGCCUUCACCAGCACCUGCAUUAAACAUGCAGAGAGUUACACAAGGAACGGCAGUCCCUCCUCGACUCCCUCCACCCCCCUCACCAGCAGCCCUCAACAUGUGGCAGACAGAGGAGUCUGGAUCCAGCCUGGCCUACAGGCCAACAUGGCGAGGAGAAAGAAUGGCCGACAACAUUUCCUGCUCUGGUGAGCAAUAACUGACA